UCUUUUCUUCAAGUCAUCUUCUCUCAUACUCUCUUUCUCUCUCCUCUCUCUGCUUCUCUCUCUCUCUCUACCUAAACAUGACUACGAGCAACGGCGGCGAUGUGGGGUCUAGGGUUUCGAUUCCGGCGGAUCUGCUAGAAACCUUUCAGAACAUCAGGGAGUACACGGGGAAACAGCAUUCCGACGAGGAUAUCUUCUCCGUCUUCAAGGAUUGCCUCAACGAUCCACACGAGACCGCUCAGAAGCUCCUCUUUCUAGAUACGUUUCAUGAGGUGAAAGGCAAACGGGAGAGAAAGAAAGAGAGUUUAGUGCCAAAGACAGAAGACAAGGGCAGGAAUGGUCGGAGGAACUUCGCGUCAAAUUACAGUGGUGCUAAUAAUGGAAGAAGUGGAGCUUUUACAAGGCAGAGUGGUUCUAAUCACAGAACAAGACGUCCCAUGAAGGCGUCUAAGCCUGUGAUUCCUCCAAGUGGAGUUAGUAACACGAAGAUUACAGAAGAACACCCUCCCUCCAAGUGUACUUCUUCUUCUGAGGAUGUUACUGAGCUGAAGAAGUCUAAUGCAAGUGAAACUGUACCUGUAUCAAAUUUUGUUGUACAAAACGGUACUCAGUGUGCUGUAGAUGGAACUUCUAAGAGCUCACAGCAAUCAUCUACUUCUUCUCAGCGAUCAGCCACUUCUAAUUGCGGUAGCCAGUCAGAUCAAGUCAUUAGGAGUGAGUCUGCAGGCCCAAAAGGCAAUAAUCAAUCGCUUCUCAAGUCAGAUGUUGGUGAACGGCCCCAUGUAACGUUCCCUGCCCACCUUCAGGUUGCCAAAAUGCUGGAAAAUGGUCUGACGUUUGGGAGCUUCGAUUCCAAUUUUGUGAAAGAAACAUGUUGUGAUAAUCGUACCUUUGGAUGUGAUGACUCCAUUAUCAAGUCUUCUCAUGGGACAGCAGUCUAUGGGGCGUCAGAUAGGAAAGAUAUAUCAACUUUUUCUCAAGAUGAUAAUGAGAUUUCGAAUUCAGCACCUGAGACAGAGCUUGCGUUGCAGUCAAAUCAAACUGUUCAACUUGUAGAAGGUUCCGAAGUAGAUAAACUGAACGAGGAGUCUUUACCAAUCAAAGACAUUCACCAGGCUGAUGUUCCACCUAUCUCGUAUCCUGAUCAGAGUUCCAUAGCAGCCUCUCAACAGGCAAUGCACCUUCUCAGGCAACAAUACCCUCUAAACUUUUUCCCUUACGGUCUCUAUUAUUCCCAACCCUUCUAUAUGCCGCAACCAUACAUUCAACAGUUCUUGACCCCAAACGGGUUCCAACAACAGUCUUACUUACCACCUCAAGAUGAUGCUGCACUACCUCCUGGAGAUAAACUCCAUUCCCCUCAGAUCAAACCGGGAAACAACACUGGAAACUCUCCACCUGCCUCAUUUCCAUCACCAUAUGAUUCGUACGCAGCUGCUUUUAACCACAUCCCAUCACCACCCACCACCGUAAACUCUACCCACAAGGAAGAAAAGAAGGAAGACGAUUACACGACUGUGCCACUGAGUCUAGCUAACCUGCAGGCCAGUGCCAUGUACAACUUAUCCCUUCAGGGCCAGCCAUUACCUUUCCCGACCUUGCACGCUGGGUUCACAGGAAUAUACCAACAAACACCGCCCAUACUGCAGGCUCCAACUAUAUCUCCGGUGACUGAACAACCAAUAGGACCCCCGCUCGUAACUAAUCAGCAACCUCAAGCUGCGCCCACGAAUAUGGACAACAACUACUAGGUCAAGCAGAGUUACUCUGAAGAUACAUAUCAAAUUGGUAAGAAGAGAUAUUCAGGUCUGGAUUUUUUGGAGUGAUUUUGUGCGUACAUACUUAGGAAACAUCACCCCAAGAGGAAGUUAGUGUGUGACAAGAGAGAUAAAUGGUGUGUCUUGGUUCUUUUGUAGACAUCCAUGUAGUAGUACUUUUUGAAACUGAUGAUGUCUGGUUCGUUUGUAGUUCUUCAGAAUUUUACAAAUAUAAACAAGUUGUCACAUUA